GCAAGACGCGCCUGAUGAAGCCUGGCGGGCCGGCAUCUGGACAUUUUAAGAUGGCUACAAACGUAAGCCUGAACGAAAGUUUCACAGAAGACAGAUGCUCUCGGGCUGACCUUUUGAAAUGGCUGAAUGAAACCCUUCAGAUCAAGUUCUCACAGGUGGAGCAAACAUGUUCAGGUGCGUGCUAUUGUCAGAUAAUGCAUGGGCUGUUUCCUGAAUCCAUUGAUUUGGGAAAAGUGAAAUUUCAAGCGAAGGAGAAGGAAGAUUUUACUCACAACUUCCAGCUUCUGCAGGAGAGCUUUACGAAGACAGAAGUUGAGACGCCUAUUCCUGUGGAGGACAUAAUCAGAGGCAGAUUCAGGCCCACUUUCAACUUUUUGAGGUGGUUCAAGAAGUUCUCAGAGGCCAAUGUUUCAAAGGAGAAGUAUAACCCAAUCAAAGCACGGAAAGGAGAGGGCAUCACUCCUGCAAGACCUUUUGUUAAGUUCUCACAACCAAGUGAUGAAUCAAACAGUCAGGAUGUGACUGUAAUAGAAUCUGACACUGAUGAAGAACCUCAAUCGAAGAGUGCUGGCUCCUACGAUCAGGAGUGGGAGAAGACCUUCGACUGGAUCAAGCCAAGCAGCUUGGGGAGCAACUUCGCCUUCUGCAGUCUUUGUGACAUCAACCUUAGCCUCCAUCAGUCAGGGACAUUUGUGCUCAGGCGACACCAGACUUCGAAAAUCCACAGUAAAAAGAAGAGAGAAUCAUCCAGUGGCAGCAAAGUGGAUUCAUCCGUCCUUUGUAGCGAAGCUCUCGCCAGCUUCAUCCAGACUCUUGACAUCUCAGGCAGCGAGGCACAAAACAGAACGAGGCUCAUUCUCGGACCACGGUAUCCACAGGAUAUCACCACUGCAUGCAAAGAAACGCCUUACUGUUUAUACCUAUAUGGGCAGAUAGCACUGAGCGACAGUCAACAUGCAUUAGUGGCGCUGGUGGGGUUCUUUGAUGACAAGGCAGCAAAGCACAGAAUUCGAUUUUUGGAGGCUCUUCAAAACUCAGGCGAAGGAAUCUCAGGAGAAGCAAUGGUCCGAUUUUUGACCGAGACCUUGAAAAAGUUUGACCUUCCCAGCAAAAACCUCUGCUCUUUUUACAUGGAUGGCUUGGGCGAGUGCUUGAGAGAGAAGGUGGUCGCACAUUUGAAAGAGUUGAACCCAAACAUUGUUGCACUCGGUGGGCUCUACGAUGUUCCAGAUGUUGCGUGUCAUGUGGGUGUGACAGAGCACUUUCGCGACAUCAAGGAACUGCUUCUGAAAAUCCAGUCUUAUUAUACCACUCUGGCCUCUACGGAUGACACCCUCAAAGCACUCUUCACUGGCCUUCCUGAUCUCAGCCUGUCCUUGUCUCCACAGAGCACACCAUGCCAGGUGUUUGCUACUCUCGUCCGCAGGGUUGUUGAGAUGUGGACUGAGCUCAGCUCAUGCUUCAGCACAGAAGGCAGUGGAGAGGGCAACAGCAGUAGAGGUCAGCGAGAGGAGAUUUGUGCCUUGUUCAAACCUGCCAACCUCAGGGUCAAGUUCAUGUUCUUGGAUUUUGCUUUGGAUCCUCUGCGGAGCUUCCAGAAUCGCCUGGAGACGCGGAACGGAGCCGCGCGUGCCGACCUCGUGCAGAUCUUGCGCGAGGCAAGCGGGCUACUGCGGGCCUACGCCUCCAGCUUCUUGCGACCUCAAGCUGUGAUGCGCUACCUCAAGGAGAAAGACGCAGCCGUCCUCCAGAACCCUGAGUUCCACCUCCCCAUCGCAGAGAAAACCUUUGGAGGAGUAUCAGGAGACCUGGAGGAAUAUCUAUUCCGGUAUGAAGUGGAGAUGGCAGAUUAUAUCACAGAGUUCCAGAAAAGCUGCUUGUCCUUUUACAUCACCGUAACGGCGAGCCUGUCGGAGGAUCUUCCUCUCAGCGACGGGGUGCUGCGGAGCAUGUCCCAAAUCCUGAGCCCAGAGGGGAGGCUGAAGGUGUCUGGCAAGGCCAUCGCGGACCUGGCGUCGCAGCUGGGGGUUUGUGCCGCCGAUGACUCAAAGCUCACGGAUGAAUUUUCUCAGUACCAGCUUGGGGAAGAAAAGAACGGCAAGUCCAAGACGGGUGCUGCUAAUGGCACUAAUGGCUGUGGAAACGGACAUAGGGACUCAUUGUCGUCUUCAGUAAUGCUGGAGGAGCAUUGGGGUACUUAUCUGAGGAAGACGGGGGCCACGUCUGUCUUUAGGAAACUGAUGUUGACUCUGCUGGCUCUCCCCUGUCCACCAUUGGAGGCUGAGAAGGUUUUUGCUCAGGCUGCAGCUAGUGUGAAGUCCACACCUACACCCACACCUUCGUCUACACCCAUGCCCAUGGACGACAGCAUGAACAGCGAUUCUGACGUCAUCAAGGUGGAUCUCAUCAGCGACGAGUCUCAGUCAGACAGUCCUGAAGUGACGGCGGUCAGCACACCCACUCUGAGCAAGAAGAAGAAAAGUCCCAAAAAAAAGAAAGAAACGGCAACUAAGCCUACGGUUGAUGAAGACAUCGUUUGGACCAGCACUAAGAAGGGCGACGGUGUUAGGGGCUUACACGGCUGGGACAGCAGCUUGCGUCAGAAGCCCGCUGCCCGUACGCUCUUCCAGGCCGGCACGGGCACCUGGUGCAAGCCUCUAGAGGCGGACGACGUUAAGCACAAGGCUAAGUCAGAAGACAGCUCUCUAAAAGACCCAGAGUCUCCCGAGUCCCCAGCGACGCCGGGAAGAAAUGGCCCAAAGGCGAGCACUCCUUCUGCAAGCCCCAAAACUCCAACUGGGAGGACGAGGAAGCCAAAGCAAUACAAGGAUAAAGACAAUGGCUUCAUGCUGGGUGAGAUGCUGUGGGGUAAAGGUAAAGACUUCUCCUGGUGGCCUGGCAUGGUGGUGGAGUGGAAAGGCUGGAGCGCCCCUGCCCAUAUGAGGAGGGUGGAGUGGUUUGGAGACGGCAUGUUCUCAGAGAUCCACACUGAGAAUCUACUACCAUUUGCGGCCUUUGCCAAGUGUUUCUGCACCAACUCCUACUCCGGCUUGCCAAAAUAUAAAACAGCCAUCUACCAGGCUCUGGAGCUGGCGGGCCAGCGGUGUGAGAAGUCCUUCAUGUCUCCGUCGGGCAGUAAGGAUGAGGAGAUGAAGAACAUGCUGGAGUGGGCCUUCGGAGGCUUCCAGCCCACUGGACCUAAUGGCUUCCUGCCUGCACGCGACGAGAAGCCAAACGAGGCGGAGGCAGACCUGGAUUCAGACUCCUCUACGGCCGAAUACCAGCCCCCGACCAAAAAAGGAAGACCCCCUGGCAAGAAAAAAGUCUACAUGGAGCCACAGAGUCGAGAACACAUCCUCAAGGAGCUGUCUGAUAAGAAGAAAAGCAUUGAAAGUUUCUGUAUAUCCUGUGGAUCAUCUGAGCCUGAGGUUGCACACCCACUGUUUGAGGGAGGCCUUUGUGAGAAGUGCAAGAAAAACUUUACAGAGACCUUGUACAGAUACGACGAGGACGGCUACCAGUCCUAUUGCACAGUGUGCUGCUGGGGCAAUGAGGUGAUACUGUGUAGCAAUGCCAGCUGCUGCAGGUGUUUCUGCAAGGACUGCCUGGAGUUCCUGAUUGGUCCAGGUACGUUUGAUCGUAUGAAGGAGGUUGAGCCGUGGAGCUGCUACAUCUGUGAUCCUGUGGAGAACAACGGCUCCCUACGCCUCAGGCCUGACUGGACCAAACUGGUGCAGGAAUUCUUCGCCGACAGCAGCGCUCUCCAAUUUGAACCCCAUCGACUGUAUCCACCAGUCCCUGCCCAUCAGCGCCGGCCAAUCAGAGUCCUGUCUCUAUUUGAUGGUAUUGCCACAGGCUACCAGGUGCUGAAGGAACUCGGCCUUCAGAUUGAGCUAUACGUUGCUGCAGAGAUCUGUGAGGACGCCAUUGCAGUGGGUGCCAUUCAGCACGAGGGACACAUCAAGUACAUCAUGGAUGCACGCAGUAUCACACGCAAGCAUUUGGCUGAAUGGGGACAAUUUGAUCUGCUGAUUGGUGCAAGCCCAACCCAUGACCUGUGCAUGGCCAACGUUACACGCAAAGGAGUGUUUGAGGGCACAGGCAGGCUGUUUUUCGAGUACUACCGCAUGCUGACGAUGUUGAGACCGAGGGAAGAUGAUGACCGGCCCUUUUUCCACCUCUUUGAGAGCGUGGUGUCCAUGAGCAACAACGACAAGACUGACAUCAGCCGAUUUCUUGAGUGCAACCCCGUCAUGCUUGAUGCCGUCGCUGUUACUCCGGUUCACAGGGCUCGAUAUUUCUGGGGAAACCUGCCAGCAAUGAACAGGCGAAUGGUUCCCUCAGAAAACGACCGCAUUAACCUGCAGGACUGCCUUGAGAUUAAGCGAAUAGCCAAGACUGCCAAACUGAAGAACAUCACUUCAAAAGUCGCAACACGGGGGAAGUUAACGGGUCUCAUGCCAGUCACUAUGAAUGGAGAGGAUGAUCACCUGUGGGCAACUGAACUGGAGAAGGUGUUUGGAUUCCCGAAGCAUUAUACGGACGUGGCCAACAUGGGCCGUGCGAGACGACAGCAGCUCCUGGGGAAAGCGUGGAGCGUCCCUGUGGUCCGCCAUCUUCUUUCUCCACUCAAAGACUAUUUCCUGUGUAAAGACUAAAGGACUAAAACAAGGACUGUGCCUUGCUUUAAAGGCCUUCACAACCAAACUGACUAUGGAAACAGGCCGAUGAACGGGCUAAAACGAAACACCAGCAUUUUAACCACAGCAAUCAGCAUUGCCAACAGGUCAAGAACUGUGUGCCUUGCUUUUAAGGACCUUCACAAGCAGAACACAUCCAACAAACAAGCAGGGAAACAUUCAGGCACAUGGAUCACAACUAGCACCAGCAUUUUAACUACAGCGUCAGCAUUGGCAACAUGAGAGUGGCCGGAGUAAAAUAAGAACUGUGUGCUUCUGCCUUGCUUUAAGGCCUUCACAAGCAGAGCAUGGCCAACAAACAAGCAAGGAAACAGACAGACAACAUUUGGACCACAACAAAUACCGGCAUUUUAACUGCAGCCAACAUGGCAGGUGCUACACUGCCAACAUGGCAGAAGCAGUGUGUCAGGGGUCAUGGAUUAAAGCCAGAGGUGUCAAAAGUAUAAGUAAAAAACGCACUGAAAAAAGAAACACUGUUUUUCCAACCCAGGUGACUUAUCUGAGUAACCAGUGCUAGUCUUAUGAUCAGCUGACUCUAUGCUGAUAGGAUCGCAUUUGUGGUGCGUUCUUGUUAGGUUUUUAGUGUUUUUCAGUAACAAUACAGUCUAUCUACCUCAUUGGGUACAAACAGAGUUAAUGGUGUAUCAGCUAUGUAAAAUCAUGUGCUGGUGUUGUACUUACACCAUAAAUGUACUUUUACUUUUGACACCUCUGAUUAAAGCGAUGGUGAAACUCAGCCUUGCCUACUCAGGGAGGAGGUCGAGGUUUCAUCAUCCUUCAACUGGCACUUUUUAAUAUUUUUUUUACAAUGAGAUUUUAACAAAGGUAUUUGCUUUUCUUACUUCUCUUACUUUUUUUAGGGUUUACUUUGUUCAUGGAUGGUGAUUGAUGAACUGUGUAAAAAGGGACCACUUUCAUUAGCUUCAGUAGGCUGUAAUAAUGACAUGAAAAAAACAGCCAUGGACAUAUUGAAAUGAAUACAAAUACCGUUUUACUUUGUUUACAUUUGUAUGGCAAUUUUGAAAGACUUAUGUGAAGAUGCUACCUCCACCAGUCCAGUUCUAAUAAGGUUUGUUUCGUUGUAACAAAUUAUGAUAUUAUUUCCUAAUUUUAUUAAUUGACAAUUUGAAUAAUUUUAAAAGAACUUUUGAACUGUAGAUAAAUAAUUUUAUUAAUGUCACUUUAGCCAAUUUCAUGACUUCACUAUUUUUAACAUUUUUAGGCUCAUUUUGUAUGCAUGAUACAAAUGCCUUUCUCUGCCUUGUUUGUGACAGUAUGCUGUCCAAUUCCACCCACACAGCCACCAUUUGCACAUCUAGACUGUACAUGAUCAGAUCUUUUUUAAUUAUUUCUCCAGACAUUGUAAUUUAUCUGUAAUAUUUAUAUAACCUCA